UUCCUUUAAUAAAUUAACGGUGCAUUGUGGGAUGUAAAAUGGCUCCAUGGUGUUGUCAGCAAACUAGCCAACUCUUACAGCCAUAACGUUACAUUUACAAAUAAGUACCGUCGAUGAAGCAUUACUAUUAAUUUCUGAAUAGUAGUAUAGAGAAUAUAGCUUUGAGAAUCAACAACUUUUAUUGCAUUCACCUCUUUUUUUUCGUCGAAAUAACAGCCACCAUGUCUGCCGAAGUAGACAACGUGAGAAGGCAGUCCAGCACAAGAAGAGAUGAUAGAAGAAGUACUGAGUCCUCCACAAGAAGAGAUGACAUUAGAAGAGAUGACAAAAGAAGUACAGAGACUGCCAGAAGAAGAGAUGACAAAAGAAGUACUGAGACUUCCAGAAGAAGAUAUGACGGAAGAAGUACUGAGACUGCCACAAGAAGAGAUGACCGAAGAAGUACUGAGACUGCCACAAGAAGAGAUGACCGAAGAAGUACUGAGGCCGCCAUAGGAAGAGAUGACAGAAGAACAACAAGUACAGGGAAAGAGAAAAUUAAAAGGAAAAGCCGUAGUAGAUCAUCAUCUUCCUCAUCCAGCUCAUCCUCAUCAUCGGGAUCCUCUUCAUCAUCCUCAUCCCGCUCCUCGUCUGGCAGUAGGAGUAGUUCGAGCAGCAGUGAUUCCCACAGCAAGUCCAGAAAGAAUUCUAAGAAAAGGAAAAAGGAAAAACAACUCAAAAAGAAAGGGAAAAGGGAAAAAAAGCUUAAACGGAAGAAGGACAAGAAAAUGAAGACUGAGGAGGAAAGCGCUGGACCUGGACCUAUUCAGAUAUCCAAGUAUUUAAAAGAAAGAAAGAGAAAAAGCAAGUUCAGCAUGAUUUCAGGAAAGAAGAUAAAAAUGAAAUUGAAGAAGUCAAAGAAAGACAAGCUGCUUCACCUGGAAUGCUUUUCCAACAAUCUUGAAGGAGUUCCCACAUAUGCUGAGCACUUGUUGGCUGCUUUUCCUUCACUCUGCGGUCCAACUCAUCCCAAACCAUCUCAAUUGGGUGGAGGUUGGUUGAUUGUGAAGGCCAGGUCAUCUGAUGCAGCAUUCCAACACCCCUUCUUGGUAGUCCUUACACAGCCUAGAGAGAGACAAGAAUCGCGCAGAACUGCUUGAAUUCCUCAACUCCACGUUGUAAUGCAUGGACCGUCACCGUUAGUUGCGUUCCAGAAUCUUCCACUUUUUUCCAGAACAGAACUCAGGGAAAGAACCCAUGUGAUAAAGCUCUGAAAGAAAAUACAUUUUUAGGUUUAUUAUCACAGGAAGAGAUUGGGGAUAUGGCCCAGGUUGUUUGAAAAUGUCAGUUAAAGCUUAUGUCUCGGAAUUUGACUUCGUGCUGUCACGUGGUUGCCAGCGCCUUUCUGCAGACUAUUUGUAACCGAUGUCUCUGUUUUGAUUUUUAGAACAAAUUUUUACUAUAAUAUUGAAGGAGCCAGUCGCUGACUUUUUGUCUGUAUGUUUGCUAAGCAAGAGUGUUGCUGUGGUGGAAUUUACUGUCAUCUGCAAAGAUCUUAGUGAUGAACAACCUACCCGAGUUCAAAUUGUAUUUGUUUUCUUUGGGAUUGGUCAAAGGGGCAAUCUGCUGUUGCUAAAUCAAUUAAUUUUUAGAUUUAAAUGAAUGAUAUACUCGUUUGGUCUCGAAGAAUAUAACUUUUAUAGGUAUCUAACUGUCGUACCCCACCAGGACCCAAAAUAUAAGCUUGUUUUAAAUGUAAACAAACACUAUAUAGCCUUAACAUAGUUUUAACCAUCAUUUGGCUGUCAUGGAUGGUCAGUCCUUGUUUUCAUAGCUCUGUCCAUGAGUUUGUUAUCCAAUUUCUCCAGCCCCAUAGCUGAGCUAUGUACCUAAUCAAUGGCAGGGUGUCUGCUUUGUUAUUGUUUUGAACUGCAGAUUUCCCCCUUUAAGCAUGCCUGGCACAAUGGAACAAAGGAAAAGUGCCAACUCUGUCCAUUUUUCUCUCUAGGCAGGCUCAAAGUAUUUGAAAUCAAAUACUAUUUGAACCCAGAUGUGAUGAACAAAGAUUUGUGUAAGCUUCAUUGUAGUGUAAUCUGUCAAAUAAAACACCAGUCUGGCAUUGCAUUGUUUGAUGAUCUAUGUUUUAAAGAACGGACAAAACUGUCCUGCAACUCUU